AUGAAUGUUCUGAAACACUGCAUCUUGAUUAUAGACUUAUGUCAUAUAGACAAAUCUGAGUUGAAAGAAUUUUUGAAGAACCUUGAUGAAGCAGGAACACAAGUCUGUCCAGUUUAUAUGAACUGGAAUAAACAAGAGUUUUUGAGUGAUCCAGAUAUUAAAUGGUUGAAAGCUGACAUUUUGGCCUCAGAAUUGGAUGAGUUGUCUCCCUUGGAAGUGACAAUUUUAGAAGCAGGGAAAGAGAACCUUUGUGAUAUUCUUCACAGAAUUGCUGACGAACUUCCUGUUGCUGGUAGCAUUAUAGAUGUUGUUCUGGAUUUGAAAACUGUUGAAGAUAUUGAUGGAAGUUUUCUGUCCCUUCUGCAUGGGGUACUAAAGCGAUACCAAUUAUGGCUUUGUGCUAACAUCUCUAUUUUGUGUCCAGAACACAAAGCAAACAGUUAUAAAAACAAAGACAUUUUGCUUGAUGUUCUUUCUAUUGAUCCACUGCCACAUUUAAUCAAUGUGCCUAUUAAACAACAUGCUAAAUGGAGAGGCAGUCUCGUAUUUUCUGAUACACAGAAUGGUAAGGAAAAAUUAUUUCCUGGAUUUUUAUUAGAGACGACAAUAAAAUCCUCUCCCAUUAAUGUCGACAUCAAAGCUGAAACUCCAGAAGACAAUUCUCAAACGAACACAUCUUUUGAAAAGAUUUCUUCUGUCUUCAAACUUGGCAAUCUCAUGAAGAUUUUAGAUUUGGUUGAUGUUCAUACAAUUCCACUUUUCCUGAUUAAACCCAAACUCUAUAAAUUGUCAUUGCAAAAUUCAAAUCCUCAUUCCCAAAACAUCUUGCAAUACUUUUCUAGCUUGGAAAAGAUAGCUAUGAUUGUAAGUGUACCUAGAUAUAAAGCAAACUCAACCAUUCCUACUUACAGUUCUAUGGAACUUGGCACUUCAGCAUGGAAAGAAUGUGUGAUGGCUGAUUUAGCACAGGAUGCUGUACCUCAUUAUAACCAUCACAAUAGUGAUGUUGAUGUUGUCCAUAUGGUGUUAAUCCACAAGGAUUCCUCAUCGUCCAUUGUUGAUGGUCAGAAAGUUUUUUCCCAUUCUCUUCAAGCAUACCUAUUGCGUUCACCAUCAGAACUUAGUGGUCAAAUGAUGGACGUUUUGCAUCUGACACCUCAGUUGUACUUGAAUGAUGAAGACCUUCCUGAGCCACUGCUACCGGAUUUACCUGUGAUCAAUGGGAAAAUGCUUCAUAAGAUGCACACCCAAUUGGCCAAGGCACAAUUUACUGCUCUCAAAUAUUGUUGUGAAAACAGUUCAUCUCCCACAUCACUAAGUUCUCAGGAUUUAUUUCAGUUCCUUUCACUCAUCCAAAAAGAGUUCAUUGAGAAAGUUAAAACCAAAAUGCCGUUGAUACCAUGUUUGCCACCCUUUAAAAGGAAGUUUUUAAGAUGCAACUUUGGGGAACUAGACAGUCAACCAUUGUCCUGGUCAGAAAGGUUAUACAUCAGUCAAUUAGAAUCUGUCAAGAAAGCUAUUUGCCGUUUCCGAUCAUUUGAUAGCCUUUCUCUUUCAUCACCAUUUAUUCCUUCAGAAGAAACAACUCCAACUGGAAUUGAUGAAAUCCUCAGCCAUUUUUUGCCAAAUGGAAACGCUUCAUGCACUUCACUCUCUCCUUUACUCAGCCAGCAUCAUCUCCGCAGCUAUGUGUAUCCAUCAGCUGAAGAGGAAUUUCAAACAAGUCUACUUGAUUGGCCACUUUGCAGAGAAGCUCGUUUUCCAGACGUUUGUUAUAACAAAGAUGGUUGUUCUGAGAAAAUCCAAACACGUUUGAACAAAAUUAGAGAUAAAUUUGUCUCUGCAGAUACUACAACCACUUGUUCUAUUCAAGGCAGCCUGAAUCCCAUGAUGCAUUCAACGUCUAUGGCUCCAUUAAAUACUCAUCGUAACACCAGAGACAAAACAACACUUCGGCGAAAGUCGGAAAUUGGCAAAUUGAGUCGGCGUAGCAUAUCUGACUGUACUUUGAUGCACUCAAAGGCAAGUAAGAAGCCUGACUUGCCACCCACGGCAGUUGUCAGUUCUUCUAGAAAAAGACCAUCUGACCAACCCCAACAGAUGUGUGAUGAAUCCAAAAGCAAAUCUAGAAACAGUAAGAAACCAGGAUUAUUCAAAUCCCAUUCGGAUAUUUCGACUCUAACAAAUAUUGAGAGAGAAAGGAAAAUGUCUCGGUCAGAAAGACAUAGAAAAAAACUGGAAGAAAUUGUGCAAGCCGUACUCCAGCAGGAAGGUGUUAAUGAAAAAGAUGAAAUUUUCACACGUUGCGCACAGCGUCUUUUCAAAGUGACUAAGUUAUAUGUCAUGGAUCUUCCCAAUUCUCAUAAUUUGAGUCAAGACAUGAAAAGAAUUGCUGAAGGACAAGUCAAACACGUUGUCGAGUUGGAAACCCGUUGUCAGAAGUCAUUAAAAAAACGCAAAUUAGAAAAUUGA